CAACUCAAAAUAAGCUUCCACUUUUAAAGCCCUGCCCUGCCUCUUUAACGGGUCAUGGGGAGAACAUGGGUUCAGGGAGGUGUAGGGAGGGCAUCCUCCCCCGUUCAUUCCUUGACAGGGCUGUCCCGUUACAACACCAGAGUGUGGAGGGGGGAAACGCUGCGUUAUUACAACUACCAAGCUUUUGCGCUCUGCCAUUUUGACGAACACCCACCGACAUCGGAACUCGGACGUGGCUGGUCCACAGGAAAAAGUCCGGAUAACGUCCCGAACGUGUGGCCUGCAGAUGUUUUUGUAGGUCCAGUAAAACAGAGUCCAGCCUUCCCAGGAAGGAGGAUUUGAUAACAUCUGGCAACCAAGAUAAGCCCAGUGAUGUGUUCCAUGAAAAACACAAACUGGGUGACCUUUGAGGAUGACAGCACACCCAUCUCCUCGCCCCCAAAAUCCCUAUCAUCAUCAGGACAACCCAACAAACGAUCGGUGCCCCGUCCUAAUGGCCUCAAAUUGGAGAUUCCGUCUGUGAGGGAUACCUCCUGGAACUUCAAUGGUCUCCUCGAAUCCCCACACUUGCCAUUGAGUCCCAAUGGAAGAUCCUCCGUUCCCUGCAACACUCCUUUUUGCACUCCUGUCAGCAGCAUUCCAAGUACAACAUCUCCAUUCAACUUUGCCCAAAGGACACAGGAAAGGAGUGAGGUCGUUCACAGUCUCUCCAGCACGUCUCCUUCAUCGUCCACGGGGACGGGGAGUAGCCCACGGGCCUGCAGUCAGACGUCAGAGGGACCGAGCCUCUCUACCUCCUCACGGGGGAACCGUGGUCAUUAUAACCCCUUCUGGGACGGAACCGACCCCAGUGUGGAUUUAGAGAGCUCCUCUUCCGACUCUGAAUGUGACAAUGCCCCGCCUCGCUUUUUUAUCCGGACCAAAGAUGGCGGCGUGCCGCAACGUGACCAACUUCAGAACUCAUUUUCUUAUAUUUGUCACAAACUUGAGGGCCUACGAGCAGGGACAGAGGGGUUGGAAGGAGACAGAGGCAGGGAGUCGAGUUGCAAAACAAAGUUAAAAUCCAGGCUGUCACAGGAGGCAACAACACAGUUUGUUCCUCAGGGUCUGUUCCGCGGCCAGAAGAGAGACGGCUGGUCCUUGAUGCUCCGGAUUCCUGAGAAGAAGAACCGCAUGUCCUCUCGCCAGUGGGGGCCCAUCUACCUUCGGCUCCUGGCAGGGGGAGUGCUCCAGAUGUACUACGAGAGAGGGCUGGAGAAGCCCUUCAAGGAGUUCCAGCUCCUCGCUCACUGCCGACCGUCGGAGCCCAAGCUGGAAAGCCACGGCGAGCCCCGGAAGAUCCUCACGGUCAAGGUGGAGCACUUCUCUUACGCGGAGAAGAAGCGCUACCAUCCCAAGCUGGAGGUGACCCACGAGGCCGAGGUAGAGCAACUGCUGAAGUUUGGCACCAUGGAGCACGGCGACAUGGAGGACCUCCUGGCCUCCAUCGAGGAGGAGAUCUUCAGGUUGCCCGUACCUCACCAGACACGGCGGCACUAUGAGGAGCAGGAGUUCGCACUGCAGAUAACGGAUCACCUGUGGGUACAGCUGGACAAGGCCGGCGGCGUCAUCGACCGCGCGGCCUUCACGCAGAUCCACUGUUUGGCCUUUCUGAACGGGGAGGCGGACUGUUUCCUGGCACUGAACGACCUGGGGCUCCUCCGCUUCGACUCCAGCUACACUAACGAGGGGGACUCGGAGGCCUGGAUGGAGAUCACCGACUGCCACUUCCACAACUGCAUCAACGAGGUGGAGUUCCAGAGGUCGCGGCUCAUUAAGUUCUCCCCGCCAGACGCGUGCCGGGCGGAGCUGAUGCGGUUCAAGACCAUGGUUCUGGGCUGCACCGAGCUGCCGUUCUCCGUGAAGGCGGUGGUCACGGUGCAGGGCGCCUACGUCGAGCUCCAGGCCUUCCUGAACGUGUCGGCGGGUUUCCCCAGCUCCGCCACGGCGAGUGACACGCAGCCACUCUGCGAGAACUUGGUGAUUUGGAUCCCGGUGCCGGGGGACUGGGUCAAAGUGUCCCAGACGGUGGCCUUACUGCGCCAGAGGUCGCUGAAGGCCCGCAUGAACAGGAACGCGUGUCUGGGUGCUGUCAGCGCCGAGGAAUCCCAACCGGUCAUGCACGUUUCUCUUGGCACCGUGAAGUAUGAGAAUGUAUUUUCGGCUAUCGUCUGGAGAAUUGACAAACUUCCGACGAAAAAUACCGCCGUCAACCAUCCUCACUCAUUGUCUUGCAAGCUGGAACUAGGAUCUGACCAGGAAAUCCCACACGACUGGUACCCCUUCGUCACGAUGGAGUGUGAGAUCCUGGGGGCAGUGGUCUCCCAGACCAGAAUCAGGUCCCUGGGCACGGUGAAUGACAUCCAGCCACAGAAACACGUCACCAGCUGGACCCGGUAUCACUGUCAGGUUGAAAUUGAAAGGAAGUGGAUUGAGACGGAGACGGAGAAGCAAGCUGCGUGUGUGACACAGUGAACUCUUUGCCAAAUCGUCUUCUCACAGAGGGAAAUGACCCUUGGUGACACUCGUGGUGUUAAAUUCAUCUAAUCACAUGAUAGUAGCCUUUGUACCAUUAUAGUGGACCAAUUCUGUUUCCUUUUACAAAGGCUCAAAUAGUCUUAACAUUUUAAACCAUAUGAUAUGUCCUUUGUCUAGCACUUUAUAUUUUUAAAAUUAUAAUAAUAUUAAUAUAUGUAUGUCUGUAUUUGCUUUUGUAUGCCUCUGUCAAGGACUGGCACCCUUUGCAAACAUAAUAAAUGUGGUAUGUAUUGUA